UUUUGACGGGCAAGCGGCCAGUAGAAGAAACACACGACUGGAAGAAAAGGAGCUCCAUUUCCCAAGGAUCAUAUGGCCGGGCAGCGAUCCAGGUAACAGAUCACGCUCGGCGGCGCCGGCGGCGGGGCUAGGGCGCUGAUCCAGCGCUGCGUUCGCUCGAUCUGACGCUUUAGGGUAGGAAAUCAUGGCGGAGAGCAGGAAUUCGACGAUCCAGUGGAAUGCCAGCGUCGUAAUCCUUCGCACCAGGUUGAAGUGAGCCAUGGAAUCACGGCCGCGAGCGUUGGAAUGGCUGCCGUGAUGCCCUCUAUGGCGAUCGCGCUUCAAGACGCCCCUGCCAGAGCUUCCGCGAUGUCGGCAAGAUCUAACAAAAAGCAAGAUUUGCACGCCGCCGGGAGGCGCCGGCUGGAGCAAUUCAAGAAGAACAAGCGUGAGAAAGCUACCAAGCAAGCUUCUGAAGAACAGCCUUCCACUUUCGAAGCUCUAGAACCGGUCGAUUCAAAUGGGGAUAUCUACACCGCGGCUUUUCCACCGGCGGCUGGCCAGGAUCAACACUCUCAGAUUCUUCCGAGCGUCCAAACGGAUUUUCCGAGCGUUCUUCCUCCAGAUCAAUUCGAGCCACCUCCAGCUGAGAACUCCGACCCACCGAGCUACGCCACCACCUUUGGGAAUUCCAACUUCCACUCCACUGACCUUGUACACUCGACCGUGGAUGCUCGACACGCCACCAUCGACCAACUUCCACACCCAACGACCGAUCCUCUCCCACACUCCACCAUUGCUCUUCCACUGGAGAGUGAAGAAGACUCGAGGUAUAAGAAAACUUUUUACAGUGACCACUUGGAAAAGGAAAAGCCGGGAACGAACAUUGCCGAGAGUGAACAACGGCCAGCAACUCUAUUCCAACCGUCGUCAAAUUUUGCCGCUGCGAAACAAAAGCCACCUCGUUCGCACUCCUCGGACUCUCUCUUUCGACCUCUUCGUGCUGCUGUGCCCGAAGUAACGAAUGGUGAUGCGGCUGUCAAGUCCACGCCAGUGACAAGACAUCACAUAGACGAGCCACGGUACGAGGCACAAAGACCACUAGCGCCUUUUGCGAAUGAUGAGACACCUUUGAGUUCCUCCCGCAAAGAUGACUUCGCUGCAUUGGAACAGCACAUUGAGGACUUGACGCAGGAGAAGUUUUCUUUGCUACGCGGUCUAGACAAGGCUAAGGCGUUGGUGGAGACACUGACUCAAGCCAACUCUGCUCUCACGGAGGAUUAUAAUCAGCAGGGUGCCAAAGUAAACGAAUUGAAAGAUGAACUUGCAAGAUUUCAGCAAGAGUUUCGCUCGCAAGAGGCCGUGCUUAAAAAUCUAAAGGCGGAGAGGGACAGAGCAGUUCAGGAGAGCACCUCAGCAGUUGAACGUUCUCGAGGUUUCGCUGCAGAGAUUGUUGGCCUUGAGGAGAAGAUUUUGAAAACUCGAUCGCAAGAGCUAAAGUCGCAAAAAGAAGUCCAGUCUUUACGUGCGGAAGUUGAAUCAUGCAGAAGGCAGAUUCUAUCAAUAGAAAAGGAUCGCCUUAAUGCCAUUUCUUUGAAUGACGCAUUGCAGGAAGAAAAGAAGCUCCUGCUGUCUCGCAUUCGUGAAGCGGCAGAUAAAACGUAUCCUAUCAAGUCAGCAUCCACAGAAGACGCUUCAACCUCCACCGACGAUCUCGUUAUAGAGCGCGAGCCUCAGGCAUCGGAUUCAGAUCAAGAGCCGUCCGUCUUCGCGUAUCCAACCUCACUGCCUGAAGACCAGUUGGGAAUUAUAGAAAGUAUCAAUGCUCUAGUAACAGAGUUGGGAGAAGAAAAGGAGGCACUCUUAAGAUUACUCAGGAAUGAAUCGAAUGCGGUCACUCAACUAAAGGUUGAGAACGCCGAGUUGAUGCAAAAAUUAGAGAGCCAAACGCAGCAACUGGAGCUCGCAGUGGCCCAAAGCAUGGCUCGCUCUGCACCUUUGGUGUCGCCUAUAGCUUCUCACCAAAGUAACGAGGAACUGGAUUACAUUGACGAGGGAGACGAGGUUGUUGAUCGUGUACUGGGCUGGAUAAUGAAACUUUUCCCGGGCUCUGGCUCCUCUAGGCGUGGCGGAAGCAAGCAUUUGUGAAGAGAGCUAAGUUGAUUCUUUCCAAUAAUUUGAUUGGUUUUGCGUCCAGAUAAUAAACUGGAAACUAGUUUCUAUUAUCUCUUCAGGAAA